AUCAGAGAUCCCGCUUGGCGUCACGUGACUCGCUCAGGAGCGUGGAGUGGAAGCUCUGUGGUCUUGUGAAAAACUCUUUUGCAGCUUCAUGGCGGUAUGUGGCGGGCAAUACACAAUAAAAACAAUAUAAUUUCACCUUGAUUAAUGGCGCAGGAAUGAUGGAAAAGACUGAAGAACCUCCUUCCUUAAACACCGAGGAAGAGAGUUCUGAAAAAGACAAGAUCUGGUGUUUGCAGCGCGUGGGGAGAGACUGUGACUGGCUGCAUCUGUUCGAGGACUCAGAGGUUUCUGUUGGUCGUGGUCUGAAUGUGACCCAUCAGAUUCUGUCAGCCAGCUGUCCUCUGAUGAUAUCCAGAAAUCACUGUGUCUUCAAGCAAAAUGACGAUGGACGGUGGACAGUGACGGACAAUAAGAGUCUGAAUGGCGUGUGGGUGAACGGGAGACGGAUACCGCCAGGAAAUCCCUUUUUACUCCAGCAGGGUGACUCUGUGAGACUCGGGGUCCCUCUCGACGGCAACCCGGUGGAGUUCGACUACAUCCUGGUCCAGAAGAAUUUCACUGAAGUGAAAUCAUUCUUGUCUGGGAAUCAUGACAAAGAAUCUGGUGCUGCUCCCUUAGGCCAAAAACUGAAAAACUCUAAGCGGAAGUUUGAUGGAGACGAGUCGGAGCCGUGUCCCGCUCAGCAGUCCAAAUCCAAGCUGUACCGCAGCUCCUGCCCGGAUAAAUCGCGGGCACAGCCCUGCCCGUCCGGGGAGCGCCGGGAAACUGAGAAGUUUUUCUGUAAACCUCUGGAGGAGGACAGAUGCGGUGAUACGGCGGGAAGCAGCUCGAGCGCGUGCAGUGAAAGCAGUCAGCAGCUGGCUACCGUUCACCGUUACAGCAAGAACCUGAUGGUCCUGAAGGGCCGCGUGGGCGACACGCAGAAGCGCGCAGCUGAGCUGGAGCGGCAGCGGCAUCAGACUCCGGAGAGAGAGCGGGAGAUGCAGGAACUGCAGACGCAGCUGGAGCUGUUGCGGGGUCAGCUGAGGUCGCAGAAGGAGCAGGCGCUCAAGCGCAUUGAGAGUCUGGAGAAAUCCUUCUGUGAGGAGGAGCGGCGCCUGGAGACUGAAAAAGCACAACAGAACGAGGUGGGCUUGAAAAAACAACUUGAGGAGGCAUUAAAAGAGCACCGGAAAGUUAUUGAAGAGCUCAAACAUGCUCGGGAAGGAUUCAAGGAGGCUCUUCAAGCCAAAGAUAAGGAGCUGGAAGUUACAAAGGAAGAGAAAGAGAAGGCCAAAGCUCAGAAAGAAGAAGUGGUCACACAGAUGACUGAAGUGCUGGAGAGUGAACUGCAGUGCAGCGUUUGUUCAGAGCUCUUCAUUGAGGCCGUGACGCUGAACUGCGCACACAGCUUCUGUCAGCACUGCAUCCGAGAGUGGCGCAAACGCAAGGACAAGUGUCCCAUGUGCUGGCAGACCAUCACGUCUCAGACGCGCUCUCUGGUCCUGGACAACUGCAUCGACCGCAUGGUGGAGAACCUGAGCGCCGACAUGAGAGAGAGACGUCUGGGGCUCAUCAAUGAGCGGAAAGGUGAGAGGUCAGAAAGCGAGCGUCUCUCCAGCAGUCGUGGUAAUAAACGACGACAGCAGCAGCAGCAGCAGCAGCAGUGACGCGCUCUUUCAGAGCAACAGCUCCGUGUUCUUGGACUCCUCCGACUCCAACGAAUCUCUGGUUCAUUUUCCCAGCGAUGACGAUUCGUCCUGGACUGAGGAGGACGAUUAUCUCUGAGAAACACUCAGACAUGCACUAGUGAAGAACAGACACAGCUUGUUUGUUUGUUUGGUUUCGUUUAGCCAUGAUAUUUUUAUGUUUGUAGCUCACUGUAUGAAUUGUUUUGGGCUUUCUAUGUUAAAAUAAACGUUAAAAUUAUUUUGCACUCA